ACAGAGACAUUAAACCAGACAAUAUCUUACUAGAUGAAGACGGUCAUGUUCACAUUACAGACUUCAAUAUAGCGACAAUCGUAAAAGCCAACGUGUAUGGUACAUCAAUGUCUGGAACAAAACCUUAUAUGGCUCCAGAAAUCUUCCAGACAGCAACAGACGAUUGCAAAGGUUACUCUUAUCCCGUUGACUGGUGGUCGCUUGGUGUAUGUGCCUAUGAAAUGCUUAGAACAAAGAGACCAUAUGACAUCCAUGCGAACUCCUCCGUUUCUGACAUCCAGCACCUGUUUUCCACCACUACUGUGCAUUACCCAUCAACAUGGCACCCUUCUCUAGCAGACCUCAUAAAACAGUUCUUAUCAAUAGACCCUGUUGAGAGGAUAUCAGAUUUACAAUCUAUUUCGAAACAUUCAUUCAUGGCUGACGUAGACUGGGAUAUUGUAUUUAGUAUGGCGAUCAGACCGUCAUUUGUGCCACCGAGAGACCAUCUGAACUGUGACCCGACCUUUGAACUUGAAGAGAUGAUAAUUGAAGCAAAACCACUCCACAAGAAGAAAAAGAGACUAGCUAAGCAGAGUUCAAGAGCCAAAGACAGUAAAGAAAUAGAUGAAGAAAUGCAAGGUUCAUUAGACACACUGAGUGCGGAGUUUAGAGUCUACAACAGGGAAAGCAGGUGUAGUAAUCAUCAUGAGUUACGGCACUCCCAGGAGCUUUUCAACACACCGACCAAGACUAUCUCAAAUGCUGAAUCAGGAGUGGAUAGAGACGAUAGCUCAUUACAACAGGAGUGUGAACAACUAGAUACAUAGCCUUUUUUAACGAUGCCUUCCAUGAACUAUGGACUUGACGAAAUUGGAAGGACGAGACAUGGUUUCACCGAUGUUGGGGUCCUUUCCUUUCUUGUUCUAUCUCUCAUCAUUUUAGAUGGGAUAAAUGAUGAAAGAGGGCAGGCAGGUUGUCUAUCUAACUUUCUAUUUCAUAUACGUGACUUGUCGUGGAACACACGGAAUGGAAGUUGAACUUUGAGGAGUCAGGAAAUUAAUGAAAUGUUGAAUUCAUGGGAGAAUAUAUAAUUUGAUGUGAUCUUCCAUGUUUAAGAUAUGGUCUAUAAAAACACAUCAAGUAUGACAAUAUAUAAUACGUAUUGUUCACUUAAGAGAUUUUCAGAAACUCUAGUAACGGGUAGCUGUCUGAACAUCAGAAAUCAACCAAAUGUUCAUUUAUAAUCUUCAGAUUUUUUAAGCAUAAGUUUCAGUGUAUCAGGUCCCUUCCAAAACGUUUUGUUUAAUGGAGACAAGACCACCAGGCAUUUCACACUUCUGUUUAAUCUGCUCAACUAGUUUUUAACAUCCUCUUUUGCUACCAGUCAAAGCUUGAUAUCAUGAUCCUGUCUGUGUACCACUUUUCUUAACCUGCUGACUACUGUGACUGGGUGGUAUCUGUACAAAGUCUAUGGGAACGAUAGAAUUCAGUAGUCAACGGGUUAAAUGGGACAAAUGCCUUGUUCACACCACAUUGUCCAUCAGAGGUCAAGCAUUCUCUGGACAGUUAUGUAAUAUUUCAAAGGCUGAAGAACAUACUGAAGGAUUAGUAGUAUUUAUUUAUUCCCUGUAUUAUUUGAUUUUCAAAUAUCUAUAUUUAAUGGCAUAAUGAAAUAAUUGAAUCCAUGCUAUUAUCUUUGAACAUGUCUUUGCUAUGUUGCAAAAGGAGAAAGACACCACCCCUCCCCCAUUGCAGUGAUCUCAGCUGCAUCACAUUCAUUUGAAUCCUAAUGGUUUGUGGCAGACCAUGUUUUAAAGAAACUCCCAUAUGACCUUCAAUUUAGAGUGUUCUGAUAGAAUGCUAUGUUCCUUGAAAAAAUUAUAGAUAGGCAUUAAUAAUUUGUUUAGAUACUGAAUUAUUUGAGGGCAUUUGAUUCCCAUGUUCAUUUGUAGACUACGACAUACGUAUGCCUUAAUAGUCUGCUCAAUGUUCACUGCUAACAAAGUCGGUGGAAUGGAGCACCCUUAUAUACAUAGCAUAUGCAGGGAUACUCUGUCUGUCAUCUAUCAUGGCAAAGCAUGUUUAUUUGGGGUAAAUUAAUUUUAUCAUGUACAAUAAUUGUCAAGUUUGGGCAUGCUUUACUCCACCGACUUUCAAUGUGGAGUGUUUUGGUAGAGUGCUAUGUUCAGGAAAAGAUAUGGAGAGACAUCAAUAAUUUAAAAGUACUAAGAUAUUAGUUGUUUUUUGGACUAUGCUGUGAACACAAUAGACUGAUGUACUUACAUAGCAGUCUACCAAUUAACAUGCAAAAUGAAAUUUCCUUAUUUUAACAGAUGUUUCUUUCAAAUCUACUUAAUACCUCCAACUGAUUUGAUACACAGAUGAGCAGAGCUAUCUGAAAAUUUCAUGAAGAAAGUAUAUUGUAAUCAAGAAAGUUUUAUGUUUUAGAUUCUCAAAGGAAAAUCUAAUGCAAAAUUCAUAUUUGAAGUUUCAUAUGAAGUGAAAUUGCUACUGAAAAAUCAUCUCAGUAUAAUCUUGUCAAUGACUUUCAAUUUCUCUUAAAAAUUAACAGUGAACAACAACUCAAUUUUUCUUCUGUGACAACUCUGUAUUUUGGGCUAUGUAUGUCAUCUUUAAUAGAUGUGUACUGCUGUCCUUAUAUUUCAUUAUUUCUUGCUUGAAUAGAUGUGUAACAACUCAGUAAUGUAAACACAGAAUAUAAACAGAAUGAGGCUCUCAAUAUGUGGAUGAAACUUAUUGAUGGUUGUUUAGGCCUCAUCUUCAUUAAAGUCAAAUUGCAGAGGAGUUAUUUUCUGUCAUGGACCUUAGACUUAAACCAGUCAAGGAAAGGGGGGGGGGGUGUUGUUCUAAAAAUAGUUGUGUGUGCCCAUGAUAUUUAUAUUUAGUAAACUCUCUGUGCAUGGUAUGACAAAUGUGCAUUAUGUAGUGUAUGCAAUAUGAAAAUUUAAGUGAGAUGUUAAGUCACACUUAACUUCAACAAUCAAACUCAAUUAAAUUGAAUCAAAUAUACAGUUUGAUAGUGAUGACGCUUUUUUUCAAAUGUCAAAAGACUGAAGCAGCAGGGUACUUUAAAUGCUGUAGUUUGCUAAGACUCAUGUUGCAGAUUUCCAUUUCAAAGACAGAAAAUACAAGUUAUGUUGAAUAUUAUUUUUAUAGGUCAAAUGAAUAUCAUCUCGUUCAUUAUUGCAUGAAGCAGAUGUGCAAUACUGAAUGGUAAAUAUUAAUUAAAUUUGUUUAUGCUUGCCUUCUAUACCAAUAGGCUGGUAUAAGAUUGAACACUGUAUUAAUGAGUACUAUGUUCUGUCAUCUUUAGCUGGUAUUUUGAAAAGUUGUACUAGUUUUAAAAAACUUUGGUAGAUUUUUGUUUAGUUUGCUAACACAUAUGUUUUAUGUAUGUCACCUUGAGCAAUUAUUUUGAACAUAUGACUCAUAUUUUAAUGCUCGUUAAAGAAAAUGACCAACUUGCAAAACAUAUAAUGUUCAUAUGAAGAAGAUGAAGUAUAAUAUAACUAAAGGCAUUGUAUGCUUUGAUUGUAGAGUAGUAAUUUUUUUCUGCUAAUAACUGUUUUCUGACUUGUAGUAAUAUAAAUGCCAGGAGACGGUUAAACAGAGCUUAGCUAAUGAUCAUACUGACGAUGAGUAUUCUUGAUUGCACAGGAUGAUCAAUAUAGUCAAGCAUAAAAUCAGCCCUUCAAUCAAGCACCAAUCUUUGUGUAAACUGGGCACAAAGGGCUUGCAGAAAGGGCAUGGGCAAUAUCAAACACUGCAGAAUGAGGAAAUAAGGAGGAAAAGACCCAUGCUUAUGACAUAAUUUCUUUUCUUCUCUAAAGAUAAGCAAAAUCAAAGCAAGAUAUUGUUUAAGCAUGCCUGGCAUAGCAGGAUGUAGAAAUUGCAAAGACCAGGAGACAUAAAUAGCACGUCAAGGAACUCUUUAUGAAGGUGUUAGUUGCAUUUUUAAUUUGAAUACAUCAGCAUGUUGCUAUUACAAUUUACAAUGUACUUGUAUUCGUCACCAAUGGAUGCGUUGUUCCUGUCCAGUUAAUGUAAUGAAAUGCACAAUUCAAAAUAAUAUAUUGAAUAAUCAAGAUAUUGGAAGUGGUGUUUAUCUCAAUCAGUGAUACACUUCUAUAUCUAACUUGCCAGUAAGCUUCAUAUCAAAACUUGCUACAGUGUUUUUUGUUACAUGUAUAUGACGUGUUGUUAAAUUAAUUAGACAGGGUCAAAAUUAUUUUAAAAAACAAUUUAAUGGAUUAUGUUUAGAUUUCAAUUUUGUGAUUUGUUUUUAGUUGACUAAGAAAUUAUGUGUAUGCCUUUAAGUUAAAACCUUGAGGACAGUCCUCAUGGAAGAGAAUUAUCACCCUGCUAAAGUUCUCUAUUUGGUUUGAACCCAGGUUAUCGGAUUACAAGACCAUUGCUCUACCGAGUGAAUCACCACCAUCAUAUUUUGAUUGGCUGAAGACUUAAUCAAAUGAGAAUUAUUUGGGCUGAGCAACUCAAUACAAUAAUAUGAAGAAAAAAAUUCUGGUGGCUAGAUACAUGAAUUUUUAAUUUUACAUAUUAUGAUUUUAGUUCCGUUAAGUCAAAAUAUCACAGUCUACGAUAUCAUAUGAAGAUUUCAUUAUUGAUGUAACUUAAGAUUAAGUAUUUGGAGACAUGGUGAAACGUGACUUGCUGAAAAGUAAGAGAAAUAUCAUUGAAAUAGAGAAAGAAAGAUCAGGGAGUUAAGUGUGAGAUUGAGUGGAUGUUUGAGAAAGAGAAACAGAGACUCACAUUGAGAAAGAGAGAGGGAGAGAGAGAGGGGGGAUUUUUCAAGAUUAAGUAGAUUAGAUUACAUAUAUGAAUGUUAAAAAGAUGAUGGAAGUGAGAAUCAAACGGUGUGUUUUAAUUGAUUCUUUGAAGUUCUAAUGAGUGCAAAUUAAGAAUAUCAAAUCUCUCCGACCAAUCCUCUAUGUAGGGCUAUGUUGUUGAAAAUAUAAUGUGCAAUCAAAGUGACAAAAGCUUCAAAAGUUUUCUUUAUUUAGAUAUUUACAAAAGAGAAUGUCAUAGUGAUAUGUCUUAUUAAAAAAUAAAGGCAAAAGUUGUUGUGUAGUCCUUAUGUAUGUUGUGUUAACAUUUUGAUCUGUACAUUAUGUACAAGUACUGAAUACUUUAGAUAUUUCUAUGAAUCUAUGCUGUCCAGUUUAGUGAUUUUGUACAGAAAUAAGUUUCUAUAUAAAUUUAGAAUGAAUGUACUGUAAAUACACUAUUUCACACAGACUAUCUUGUAUGUAAAAGAAAAAAAAAGAUGCUGAAAAAAUCACUUUUAUUUGUCAUAUUUUGACUUUGUGAGUUUUUGUGACUGGUAGAGAAUGCUUGAUUGAAGAAUUCUUCAUUUUAACAUGCUGACUGGGAUAUUGUGAUUAAAACAACAUCAUGACUUUUAA